UAAACAUACAUUCAAAAUCGAAAAUCCGUGAAAGCCGCACAGUAAAGAAUUUGAAGACAACCCACGCACGAAGCUACUGCCAUAUAUGUAUUGAAACGGGUGCAUAUUACAUUUCUUUUUAUUCAUAGAAGGUUUUCCUCCUCGCAUCAGUAAUGGCACGAAUCGAAUGGGCGAUCUGGGCAAACGAACAGGGAGUUGCGAGUGCUGCAAUUCUCGUUGUUGGUGGAAUAUUAGCUGUGAUUGGGAAGUUCAAGUUAUGGCAAAUUGGAGCUUAUGCAAUAGCUGCAGGUGUGCUUGUGUUUGUUAUUGAGUAUCCCAGAGGCAAGAGGUCAACUGGAAGAACCACAGAGAGGGGGGGACAGGGUAUAUUUGCUACAAUGGUAAAUGCACUUGGUCCUGUUGGCAGGAAUUAUUAUGUGAGGUUUCUUGUCUAUCUCCUAUGCUGUGUUCCAUGCGUUUUUCUACUUUCGACUGUGCUUGGUGCGCUCUGUCUCCUAGCAACAAGUCUGAUUUACCUCCGAGCUGCAAUUGCAAAUGAGAAAUGGCAGCAGUGUAAUAAAGUUGCAGUGAAGAAGGAAGGCGGAAAGUCCAUAAAACGAUUACGGCCCCCUUCAAUGGCACCGCCACGAAUGAAGCAAGCUCGCGAGAACAAAGCCGCUGAGUACGACGAAGGAGCUAAUAAAGUCUGAUUUUGUCCAUUUAAUGAACAAUUUUGGCUGUGUAUUUAUCAACUGACGACAAUAACGAGAGGCCAGGACCAGAUAGUAAAUUGCGAUCCUGAAAAACUUUUCUAUCUAUUUUUGUACAAUAAGUUAAUUUGAGGUAUUUUUAUAUUAAAUAAAUCGAUUGGUUUAAUGAGUCAUUAUUUCAUAUCAAAA